AGUAAAAUAUUCUAUUAUCAAUAAUCGACAUUCAAUAAUCUCAAUCGUCAUGAGCAUUGGAUUUCAAGUGGCGAAUGCGCGUUAUAAAAGAUCGUGAAACGAGAAUGAAUCAUGAAGUUACAAUUUUGCAAGUAACAAAUAGUGUGUAGAUUCUUAAGAAAGCGAAGAUAUAUUUUGAAGCACAUCGGAUGAUUUUGACAAUCGACAUCUCGAACAUUCAAUUUCACUUUCGCCUUUCAACAACGUUAUUGAGGUUAUGUUAAUGGUUGUCUAGUCAAGAACAUUAUACAUAAUAAAAAUAUUAAAUAAAAUAAAUAUUGAUUGCUUUAUUAAGAAAGAAGGACAUCAAGUUGAACGUGAUGUUGUAAAGUGUACUUAUAAGUAUCAUUGCUUAUGUACUUAUCUAACCUUAAAGCAGACUGCAUUUUUAUGUUAUUACUCAGCUUUUAAGUGGAAUUGAAGCAAUUUAGCAACUAACCGUGAAUAAGUAUGGAAAGAAAGAAUUUAUCAAUAAUUCCAUUAGCCACUUAAAAGAGACUUCGAACGUUUCGCGUAGAUUAACGGAUUCAAUAAAGUCGCUUCAGUUGAUCAUGACACGGCGAAAAGUUAAACUUCAAAUAUACGUGUAUAAAUUUAUAUAAUUUUACAACUUGUAUAUAAUGGGGAUAUUUGAGAAUAGAAACAACAUAAAAGAGAAAAGUACUUAAAUAAUAGGAAUUCCAUUAUUUAUUUAAUUACAUAGAGCUGGAAAUAUAAAUUAACCAAUAACAAAUUCACCAAAGACUUUAAGAAAUAAUUAACAUUACAAUGCUUACGCAAAAACUAAAUAAUCGGAAAAUUCUUGUGGAUAUUUUGGCACUUUUGUUUGGAAUUGGUGCAUGGGUCGGAGUCAACGGCAUUUAUGUACAACUUCCAUUACUAGUUAAUUCGGCGCCAGAAGGAUGGAACCUUCCUGCUUAUAUGGUGAUGAUUGUACAAUUUGCAAAUUUAGGUCCCAUUUUAUACACUAUUUAUGUAAAGUAUGUAACUUAUGCAAAAGAUCAGUGUAUAAUAUAUGGUUUAUUAGGUAUAGGAUCGAUAUCAAUUUAUAUUUUAUCUUCAGUGUACAAUAAGACGUCAGUGAUUUUUGGAAAUAAAUAUUCGACGGCGUUAUUGAGUUUAAUGUUUAUUGCAUCGUUUGUUGGUUGUACAAGUCCGGUACUUUUUACACCAUAUAUGAGAAAUUAUAAAGAAAUAUAUUUAGUUUCGUACUUAGUUGGAGAAGGCUUAAGUGGAUUUAUACCAAGUAUUGUAGCUUUAAUACAAGGUGUCGGUGGAAACCCAGAAUGUGUAAAUGUAACAAAACUAGGUUCGGAGUUCAAAUUUGAAACUCGUUAUCCAGAUCCCAGAUUUUCUUCUAGAACUUUCUUUAUUUUUAUAGGUAGUUUAUUACUUUUAAGUUUCCUCUCGUUUGUAGGCUUAAAUAAUAUUAAUGUAGCAAAAAAAGAAAAGGUAAAACUGCCAGCUAGCACUGAAACAUUACCAACCGAUAUGGAUAAUCCACCAAGUUAUAAGACUACAUCGGGCUGGUCGAUGACAAACCAAAAAUAUGCCUUUCUAUUAAUUAUGAUGGCUGUGACUUGUUUAUUAGGGAAUGGAAUUCUACCAAGUAUACAAUCUUAUUCGUGCUUACCAUAUGGCAAUAUAUCUUAUCACUUAACAGUGACCCUAGCAUCUAUGGCUGGACCUUUAGCAAUGUGCACAGGCUUUUUUAUAAAAAAUCCUAAAGUUAGUUUACUAUCAGGCGUCAUGUCAAUUAAUUUGGUGCUUUCUGUAAUUGUUUUUUACUUGGCCGUACAGUCACCAACACCGCCGUUGCAGAAUUCUUGGUUCGGAGAAUUUCUCGUAGUAUUACUAUGGAUAUUAGUCAGUGGAUUCAAUGGGUUCAUAAAAAUGGGAAUUACUACUUUAUUUAGACCAGAUCCGGGUAGAGGCUUGUAUUACACCGGAGUUGCUACGCAAAUUGGCUCUUUAAUAGGAGCAAUGACAACCUUUAUUUUAGUAAAUUAUACAAAGAUAUUUCAAACAUAUUCCCCUUGCACUGCUUUGAUAGAUCAUUAAUCUUAUUUCUUGGGUAUUAUUUACUUCUUAAUUAAAUUAAUU